UUGUGCAGGUUGCCGCGACCAGGCGGAGCGGGACGGGAUUUGUCCCCCCUCCUCUUCUCCUCCCCAUCUUUGCCCAUUUGCUGGCUGUGAGCGGGGCUGGCUGCCUCUCCAGCUGCCUCCCUUUCGGUCGCCUUUGUUUUUCCUCGGAUUCUUCUCUUGUGCAACAGGGGGGCGAGGCUGCCCUCUUCUUCUCCUCCUCCGCGGCAUUUCGGACCCGACGGAACCCAUGAAGUCGCUGCGGGUCCGCAGGGCAUCGCCACCCUCGUGGGGUUCGGGGACCCCCGGGCUCCUCACCCCACACUGAGCCGCCCGUGGCCGCGUCCCGGGACGCCCCAUGGCACCGCCGCGAUGCUGGCGUCCGGAGCCCUGGAUUUCCAGAAGACGCGCUACGCCAGGUUCAUGAACCAUCGUGUUCCCUCCAACCGCAGGUACCAGCCGACAGAUUACGAGCAUGCGGCCAACUGUGCCACACACGCGUUCUGGAUCCUGCCCAGCAUCCUCGGCAGCUCCAUCCUCUACGUCCUCUCCGACGACCGGUGGGAGACCAUCUCAGCCUGGAUCUAUGGCUUUGGCUUGUCCAGCCUCUUCAUCGUCUCCACCAUCUUCCACACCAUCUCCUGGAAGAAGAGGCAUCUCAGGACCGUGGAGCACUGCUUGCACAUGUUCGACAGGAUGGUGAUUUACUUCUUCAUUGCAGCAUCAUAUGCUCCAUGGCUGAACCUAAGGGAGCUGGGGCCCUGGGCCUCCCACAUGCGCUGGAUCAUCUGGAUCAUGGCAUCUGUCGGCACCGUCUACGUGUUCUUCUUCCACGAGAGGUACAAGCUGGUGGAGCUGGUGUGCUACGUGAUCAUGGGCUUCUUCCCUGCCUUGGUCAUCCUCUCCAUGCCCAACAGGGAUGGCCUCCCAGAGCUGGUGGCCGGCGGGAUUUUCUACUGCCUGGGCAUGAUCUUCUUCAAAAGUGAUGGCCGCAUCCCCUUUGCCCACGCCAUCUGGCACCUCUUCGUGGCCAUUGGAGCUGGCAUCCAUUACUAUGCCAUUUGGAGGUACCUCUACCGGCCCGAUGCACUGGAGGCCAAAACGUCCCGAUAGACGCCUUAAGGACACUUCACAUCCAUGGGGACAUGGAAGGGGAGCAGGGAGGGGAGCCUGGGCCGUGGGCUCACCCUGAAGCCUCCUGCUGCCCCCUGCAUGAUUUUGAUUUUAAACAGAUUUUUCUUUUUUAACCUUGAGAACUGUUUAUUUUUUUAGGCAAUGUUUUCAUAACAUGGUGACCACCUGAAGGGCUGCAGGCAAUAGGGGAGCUUCGCUCACCCUGCUAACCCCAAGCAUCCCACUGGGGCCGUGUCCCCACACUUCCUUGGCUGGUGACACCCUGGGGACCUGCAGCAAGCUCACAGCCAUCCCAGCCUGCGGAGGCAGAGUGGAGCCCCCUAAAAAAGGCCUGAGUGGAGCUCUCAUUGGCACACCUGCUUGGUCUACAAAUGGUCAGAAAUCAUUUCAGCAUCAGCCUUCCCCUCCCAUGCUCUUGACAGGAAGGUCCUGAAUCAACAAAGCCUUACUUGCCAUUGAAACUUGAAUCUCUUCCAGCGUUCCCCAGACUCCAAUGCACCAGAAAACCCUUUCUCCAAACCAGUAUUAAGCACACGUCUUGUGUGUUCCCCCUGGACAGGCCCUCAGAGCCCUCCCAGCUGUUUUCUCCUAGGGUCUCUUGGUUUCCUUGCUGCUCUCGGUGUCACCUGGCUGCAUUUGGGCUGUCCUGACCCUGGAGCUUGAAGUGCUCAGCCUUGGUUUCAUUAUCCCAGGAGAAGGCCUUGGUAGUGGCUCCACACAGCCAUGCCAUUUUGCAGCAAAUUACCAAAGAGAAGUUUCCCAGAUGCUCUUCCCCUCUUGACAUGGUGGCUGUAGUCUUCAUGUGGGCAAAAAAAACCCUUUUCCAUAGGCAAAGGGUUCCAAGAAGGGGCUGUGCCCUGCGUCCAGCCUGGCACAGGGCUGCUGGGGCUCUGCCCUUGGUGUCCCAGAGCAGCCUUCAGCCUGGAGGGCUCUCAGGGUGACAGGAGGUCUUGGGGACAGGAGGGGAUGGACCUGGUGAGGUCUCUGUCAUCACUUCCCCCAAGUCCCCAGGAUGCGGCCUUUGUUCCUUUGCCCAACACUUCUCAGCCCUGUGGGAGGGAGAAGAGGGAAGAACUGAGCACUGAGUGAUGGGCAGUUUGUGGGGUGAAUUUGGGGUCAGAAUAGAAGGUCCAAGACUGCAAGCUGCCAUUUUUUGCUAUCUGGCAAGUCAUUACUCUGUGCCUCAGUUUCCCCAGCUGUAAAUUGGGGGUGCAGACAGUGACCAAUCUCACAGGGCUCAGUUUGGGCUCUGUGGAGCAGCUGGAGGAUGGCUGGUCAUUCGCAGGCACUGUGCUCCAUCUGUCCCUGAGUUUGUCACCAGUGGUACAUGGUGGCACUGGGUUGAGUGCACCCAGCUCUCCUCCCCCACACCGAGGAUCAGCCCCAUUGCAACAUCCCCUGGCAGAGGCUGCCCGUGGGGUUUUGUCCCUGGGCUUUGUCCCACACCAUUUAUCUCAGAAGCGUGCUGGGGACGUGCAGCCCAGAAGGACCUUUCUGAGGCCACCACAGAGCACACUGAGGACAUCACCACUCGCCUAUCCCCAUGCUGAGCCUCUCCUUUAUGUGCCCUUUCCUUGUACAGCGGGGCAGGAUGCACAACAUGCUAUCUGUUUGUCAGCCUAUUUCGUACUAAUUUUAAACAAUUCGUAACGUCUGUGAAGGAGCUCCCUUUUUAGCAUCUUGUAUUUUUCACCAUCCGUUCUUGGUCAAGCAGUAUUUUAUAUUUAACACAGUACUGGAUCAAAUUAAAAGCAAAACUGAGGAAGAUAACACUAGCGAAUGAUGUUUCCUGUGGAGUAGGGUUGAAAUAAAAACUCAAGAUACCUCA